CAGAAGAAGAGCUGGAGCUCGGGCAGAAUGUGGCGCGGGUCGACCGGCUCAACUGCGCUCCGUCGAAUUUAAAAGUCUCUUUCUCGGCAUCGCGGAUAUCCUUUUCCCGUUCCUUUCCUCUUUGCCACGAACAACACCGUGCCUGGAUUAACUUGUUUUUAGAGGAAUACGCCAUUUUUUCUUAGCAAAAGGUCAACACAGCAAGAUCCACGUUGCCACCGGAGGGAAGACUUUGGAGGUUGCGAAAAGUCCAUCUCGGAAAGGAAAAAGUCCUCCACCUGCGGUCACCCAGUAUAUCUCCAUGUUCCUCUUCCGGGCUGAAGCGCGGCUGAAGUCGGCGCGUCGGUGCUGGUGGUAGCGGGCCGCUGGUGGUGGAGGAGGAAGGAGGUGGAGGCCACACGAAGAUGAACAAAGUGAACUUCCACAACAACAAAGCCAUGCAGGACCGCCGCUGCGUCUGUGUCUUUCUGCCCAACGACGACACGCUCAACGUCAUUGUCAACGUGAAGACCCUCUGUCAGGAGUUAUUGGUUCAGGUGUGUGACCUUCUAAGGCUGAAGGACUGUCACCUGUUUGGACUCAGUGUUAUUCAAAAUAACGAACAUAUUUACAUGGAACUGGAUCAGAAACUGUCCAAGUACUGCCCCAAAGAAUGGAAGCGGGAAGCCAGCAAGGGUAUCGACCAGUUUGGCCCUCCGAUGAUCAUCCAUUUCAGAGCUCAGUAUUACGUGGAGAACGGACGUUUAAUCAGUGACCGCGCCGCCAGGUACUACUACUACUGGCACUUGAGGAAACAGGUGCUGCUCUCGCAAUGCAUCCAGCGAGAGGAGGCCUAUUUCCUCCUGGCCGCUUUUGCCCUCCAGGCCGACAUGGGCAACUUCAAACGGAACAAGCACUUUGGGAAAUACUUUGAACCUGAAGCCUACUUCCCCCCGUGGGUGAUAGCCAAGCGCGGCGGCGACUACAUCCUGAGACAUAUCCCCAACAUGCACAAGGACCAGUUUGCCCUCACGGCCUCCGAGGCGCAUCUCAAGUACAUCAAGGAGUGCGCGCAGCUCGACGACGUCACCGUCCAUUACUACAGACUCUACAAGGACAAGAAGGAAGUGGAGGCAUCGCUCACUUUGGGACUGACUUUACGUGGAAUCCAGAUCUUCCAGAACAUCGGCUCGGUGAGGCAGCUUUUGUACGACUUCCCGUGGACCAACGUGGGGAAGCUCGUCUUCGUGGGAAAAAAGUUUGAGAUCCUCCCCGACGGGCUUCCUUCAGCCCGGAAGCUCAUCUACUACACCGGGUGCCCCGUGCGUUCCCGCCACCUGCUGCAGCUGCUCAGCAACAGCCACCGACUCUACAUGAACCUGCAGCCGGUCCUCAAGCAGGUCCGGCGGCUGGAGGAACACGAAGAGAAGAAACAGUACCGUGAGUCGUACAUAAGCGACGCGCUGGAGCUGGACAUGGACAACCUGGACAAGCGCUCGCGGGCCAGCGGUAGCAGCAGCGGCAGCGUCUCCCGCCACAAACGUCUGUCCCGCCACUCCACCGCCAGCCACGGCAGCUCGCACACGUCGGGCGUCGAGACGGACAGCUUCCGCGCCCCUCACCCGGCCCCCCACGGGCCCCUGAGGACAUGCGGCGGCUCGUCCACCAACAGCCACGGCAGCUCGCACACGUCGGGUGUGGAGAGCGGCGGCAAAGAGCGCAUCAUGGAUGACGACGCAGAGAUUGAAAUGCUGGUGGAUGACCCCAAAGACUACGAGGAGCUGAGCGAGAUGUCCCUGGACCAGGAGCUGUGCAUCCACAUCACCGAGGACAUGUUGGCCAUGUCCCCCGAUCACAACAACGGAUUCUCCGGUCUCAUCGUCAAAGAUGUCAGCUCGUCCACGUCGAGCUCCUCUGAGACGGUCGUCAAGAUGAGAGGACAAAGCAUCGAGUCCCUCCCACAGACGUUCACGUGCAGGAAGCCGCCGUCAUCCAGCGACCGCCACAGCCAGUCGUUGGACGACGUCCGCCUGUACCAGAAGGACUGCCUUCAGUGGGCCGAGCUGUGCCAGGACACAGCGCACAGCUACACUUUCGGAUGCGCCCAGGAACUGAGCGACGGCGGCGGGGGCGGGACCUACCAAGGUCUGGCUGACCAGUGCACCGGGAUCAAGCGGACCAGCAAAUACUUCUCCCUGGACCUCAGCAGUGACGACGUGCCCGAGUUUGUGGUGUGAGGACCCCCCCCCCCCUUUUUUUUUUUUUUUUUUUGAAUUAAUACAGUGGCACUCCAAAGGGAUCGCAGAACACUCCAAUGUGGCGCUAGCAACCAAAGACCUGAAGGGAUGGACGCUUUGGACGUCUUUUGACAGGAAGUGCAGCGUGCCAAAUGUAACACGCCGCCCAACGGUGCCUUCAUCCAAAACGCCCAAGACAAUCCAUGCCGCCAUUUUCAGCUUCCUCAACUUUGCAAAGUUUUGAGAUUAUUUGGCACUGUUUCCUCCGCACCAUUUCAACCUUCCUCUGCGCCAAUUGAAGUUUGUCUGACCCUGGACCCUUUUGAGAUGAAUCUACUUCAGCUUACUUGGCCCCAGUUGAAGCUCGCUCGGCGUCGUUUUAAGAUCACACGACAAAGGUUUGAAGCUCACGCCGAACUGCUCACAAUAUGUUUUCAGCUCGCUCGGCACGCUUUUGCUUACUCAGCACCGUUUUGAGCCUACGCGGCGGCACCGUUUCCUGCUUGCGUCUUUGCCAAUUUGAGUGGAGGUUGUUACUUCUAUACAUCAGUUGACCGACAAAGUGUCUUUUUUUAUGGUCAGUAUUACAAGAAAACACAAAUGUGACAGUAUUUCACACAUCUGAGCUUUUGUUUUUCGCAUUAAUGGCUUUAAAAGAGAAAUGCAUUUUUUAUAUAUAUCAUUUCAAAUACUUCCCAACAAAUCUAUGAUGUCCUUUUUACAAAUUACUACAUGCAUUAAUAUAUCCAGAAAAAAAAUGUUAUAAAUCCUUCGUCUUCCGAGAAGCUUUUAUAAAGGGAACCAAAAAAGCAAAAGAACAUAUGAGACCUUUUGGGAACGUUUGCUCCGUGCAGGUGAGAUGGAAAAGGAGUUGAGCUUUAAUUGUGCAUCUUUUCUACACUGCAGCAUCUGAUUAUGUGUUUUUGUUUUACUGUCAAUAUUCCCAAAAGGCUGUUUAUUUCUACACGUUAAAAGAUGACAAAUGUCCUAUUUUACAGAUCAUGAUACCAUGAUUAAGGUACACAGCCAUAAAAGAAAAAAAAAAAAGAGUCCCUUUUACGUCUCUUACGUUGUCCUUUCUGUGAAAGGAUCUAUCUCCCUUCAGGAAAAAAUAUAUAUGUAUUUUUUUGUAGCUAAAACAAAGUCGACUUUUCAUUACUAUGAAGUCUGGUCCGUGUGCCUUUUUGGUACUAACGCCUUCAAUAUCCUAUUAAAAAGGUACAUUUAUUUGCCAAA